CUCGAUCAGGUGAUCUGUGAGUGACCAAGUCGAAAUCUAUUGGGAAUAACAUUGUGCUCGAGUGCAACGCAUCGAAGUUUUUAGUUUGUCAUCCUAUUUGAGCCUCACCGCCCUCGCACUCCCGUCGAGGACCACAGUUUCCGGUGCGGAUUCGGGCCGUCUCCGAAUCGCCUACGAUGCUGCUUGCCGUAUUAUUCGUAAUCGGGACUAUCUUGCGAACAGAAUGCUUUCUCUUCGGAACGCGGAGCAACGCGCGCCAGCGAAACGUUGUGUACUACGUGUGCUUGAACUACGAAGCCGUGGAUUCCACCCAAGCUAGUGAAUGCGUCUACUGUCCCCAAAGACAGACAGUUGCCUGCACAGGGAUUUCCGGACCCCCGCUCCAAGUGACGCGAACUCAGGCCACCUGUCUGACAACCUAUUGUUCUUCCGGCGUGUUGGGACAGAACGCACUCAAUGGAAACGCAGUACCGGUCAGUCAACGCCGUAGACGGGAUGCUGAGCCCGCGGGCUCGAUUACCGCGCUACAGGACAUCGAAUCGACAGUACUCCUGAACGACUCGGAAUCGUGA